UGCAAUACAAGGAAGUCUGAAAUUUGACGAGUGACGUUCCAACCGGCCACGCCCACCGAAAGGGAAAGCGCUGGAAAAUGCUGCGUUCCACCGCGUUUUCUGUUUUCGGGAAGAUUAACUUCAAAGGCUUAAACCAAGCAACAGAGCACCCGGAUAUAGAGAUUUGACUAGUCAUAUCCACGUGCUGCAUACACAUACAUACUUUUGUUGUGCUCAGCUUCUAUUGUGAAUUGAAGAACCCAUUUGCAUUCAGGCUUAGAUCGCUUACCACACCACACCAUAUGGCUGUUACUGUGGCCAUGUUACCUCGUUGGUCGGUGUUUCUUCUUUUUCUGUUUGUCUUGUGUAGCUCAGGAGCAAAGGUUGUCGCCAUUGAUGUACAUGCAGCAAAGCGUCUCAUCCAGACCGGUUCCAUUUAUCUUGAUGUUAGGACGGUGGAAGAGUUCAAGAAAGGGCAUGUGGAUGCAGUUAAUGUCCUUAACAUUCCAUACAUGUUGAAUACACCCAAGGGCAAGGUAAAGAAUCCAGACUUUCUGAAGGAGGUUUCAUCAGCUUGCAACAAAGAAGAUCAUCUCAUUUUGGGUUGUCAAAGUGGGGUGAGAUCUCUGUAUGCAACUGCUGAUCUUCUGUCUGAAGGUUUUAAGAAUGUGAAAGACAUGGGAGGAGGUUAUGUGGACUGGGUUAAAAACAAGUUUCCAGUGAUUAUACCAGUGGCCAAAGAGGAACUAUAAUAAGUAAUGGAUAGGAACAUUCAUCUUUCUUUCUAAAUGGUUUUAUCAGGGAGAUACCACAUCCCUUCAUAUGUACUACUUCAGAGUGUUCAUUAGUUCAACUUACAACACUUCAUUUCAAUCCUGCGGCUAUGCUUACAAUUAUAUUUGUAUCUAUUCCAACUAUGUAACACAAGCAUUAUCAGGGGAAGACUUUCAGAGACCACUCUCAUUAAUUAGUCUUCUUCAUGUGCAUAUAAGAUGGACUCAUGAUCUGAUGAUUGUCUUGUUAUUUUGAUAUUUAUUUUGAAAAAAAAGCAAUUGGAUUCAUAUCAAGGUCGUUUACCCGUUUCAGUUAA